UCCGGCUGGCCGGGCGGCUGUGGAGCCAUGGACAAGUUGAAGCGGGUGCUGAGCGGCCGCGACGCGGAGGAACCGAGUGGCCUGGCCGAGGUUAUUGAUGCGACUUCGUUAGGUUGGGGCACCCGAGUGAAAGGUUUCAUUGCGUGUUUUGUGAUCGGAUGCGUGUGCUCGAUCUUGGGUAGCUGUCUGCUAUGGAUCCCAAAGAAAGGGCUGGUACUCUUUGCAGUGUUUUAUACCCUGGGAAAUAUUGCAUCUAUUGGGAGCACUAUGUUUCUUAUGGGACCAGUGAAACAAUUGAAACGGAUGUUUGAGCCUACACGUUUGAUCGCUACUAUUGUUAUGCUGUUGUGCCUCAUACUGACACUUUGUUCUGCUUUCUGGUGGCAUAAGGCAGGACUCGCGCUGCUUUUCUGCAUUUUACAGUUUUUUGCCAUGGCGUGGUACAGCAUUUCCUUCAUACCAUAUGCAAGGGAUGCUGUGAAGAAAUGUGUUUCAGUCUGUCUGUCCUGACAAGAAUACUGGAUGCCUCACAAAGUUUUAGGAAGAUCUAGGUAGAACUGUGUUGAGAUCACUGUGUUGUGUAGUUUCCUACUUCAGUCUUGAACACCCGACUAUAAGUGCUUGUUAGAAGCUCCUUGUGUUACAACCAGCAUCUGCAGUUGCUUGGGUUUGUAAGCAAUGGUGUCUGUGGGACAGGGGGCUUGUGAUCAAAUGAAAUUCAGUCUGGGAGAAGAACUGGGCAAAGAUCUACAAUUUGUUAUGGUGAUUCUUCCAUAAAUUCAUGCAUUUGGUUUUGCAAAAUUUUCAAAGUAAUGUGUAAAGUGAAGACCUUUACUCUGGUGGGACUGUGCCAGUUGUUAAGUUGAAAACUGAUUUCUUACCAACAGCUUGGGUUUUUUUUAAAUAGCCUUGUGUCACUUAAUCU